CUGGAUUGCACAGCGCCAAACGGCUGGUCGGAUCCCCAGCAGCAGGUUCUGGUUCUGACGUCGAGUGAGCAGGUCAUGGAAGUGGGGCAGUCAGUGGCGGGAGGCUGAAGGGCAAAUACUGCUCGAGUCGGGUGUUCGAUUGAAGGGAAUUUCGCAGAAUUUCAUCAGCUAUGGUGGCGACUGCUGCUCCGCAAUCUUGUGCAAGUCCUGCUGUUGUCGCACCGCAGCAGUCUGGCUUGCAAUCCAUAUCCUCGUCGUCCACAUGUUCCACCUCGUCCUUUGAAUCGCGGAGCUUAAAUUCGUCCAGACGGUUGGUGUCUGGGAGUAAGAGUUCCGCCCUCGAGCUCCGUGGAAGCCCAUGGGGAUUGCAAUUGGGACCCGGUGGUCGACUUUUGAAUCAUGUCAAUAGCGUGCGCAGGCCCGUCUUGAGAAAAGCAGCGGAGAAACCUAAUCCCCCGGGUCCUCCGACAGCGCAGGAUUCCAUUGUGCCAAUUUCGCUAGCGAAUAAUGACAAUUUAGAAGGGGUCAUUCAAGUGGAUCGAGACGAGAACGAUGGGCCGCAACCCACUUGGGGGCGGAUUUAUCUUCUGGGUGGUGGAGAUAUUGUUUUCUUGCUCUUGUUUGCCGCGAUCGGACGUUACAGUCACGGCCUGUCCGCCUUCGAUUGGGAUGCUGUUCGUACAGCUGACCCUUUCAUCGCAGGCUGGCUUCUUGGGACGUACUUCAUCGGCGGCUAUGGACCUGAGGGACAGGGUCUGAAAGGACUGAAAGUGGCAUCACUUGCGGCCGUCAAAUCUUGGGCUGUGGGAAUUCCUCUAAGUUUGGUAAUUAGAGGGCUUAUGACCGGGCACGCCCCAGCUACGCCCUUCAUUCUGGUGUCUCUAGCGAGCACUUUCGUCCUGCAAGUGGGAUGGCGGACUGUGUUCACUGCACUCUUUCCAAAUGAUGAAAAGACAUUUUGGAAGAAAAAGGGUGACCGAAAGGGUAGCCCAUUCGAGUUCUUCGAGCUCCUCACGUCUCUCGUUAGGAGGUGGUAAGAGGGGAAGUAAGUCGAAGAAGGGUUCGAGCUAAUUCUGUCGAGGAUGCAUGAUCGAAUCACUUACGGCGAAAUGAGACAUACGUGUGCAAAGCUAUGCAAUGCUGUAGUUGAAGAGAGGGUUGUUCACCUGGAUCUAGAUCAUUUUGAUCUCUGAACAAUGCAAGCAUAAUGACAUCACUUGACCGCUGACCGUCUGGAAAGGUCGAGUGGCAUUUGUGGUCAUUUCAGUUAGCUCUUCUGUCUAGUUCAUCUGUCAGAGGCUCCUUCCUGAUAGCUCAAGCAGAGCGGAGACCAACUUUAUGUCGAGUUUGGAAGACGAGAGACAGCAGUGUUGCACUUGCAUUUGGUUAUUUUUCCUCGUCGCGUAAUGUUUGACAUUGUAAGAUCCGUUUGGACAACUCGGUGAAGAAAUGAUUCUUUUACCCAAGCUUUCAAACCCUUGUGAUCAAAGAUGUUUUUCACCCGGUAGACAUGAGGACAUUUCCAAGGCGGGCAGAUACACGGUGUCUGCGCACAGACUUGAGAAACUGGCAUCUGGAAAGGUGGAUAUUGCCCCGUCU